UUUUACACACUAAAUAAUUUAUUUGUUACUUAUAAUGUAUAGGGUUUCAUCUGUUUGAAUGGAUUCACAUUGUUAUGGAAUUUCAGCAAAUAUUGUUUGAUUGAGACUCGUUAUUAUGAUAGUGAAAUCAUGACCAGUUGCGUAUUUCUUCUAUGUAUGAAUACCCUAGGUACAUUAAUGUCUUUGCCAAUCUCAGCAUAUAGCACUUUUAUUAUAGAAGAAAAACAUGGGUUUAACAAACAAACUUUAAAUUUCUUCGUUAAAGACAAGAUUAAGAACUUUUUAUUGGUUCAAGUGAUUUCAUUACCAAUAACUGCAGCAGCAAUCACUAUUGUUAAAUGGGGUGGACGUUAUUUCUUUAUCUGGCUGUGGGUAUUUGCUGUAGUAACUUCAUUGUUCAUCAUGACAAUAUAUCCAGAAUUUAUUGCUCCGUUGUUCGACAAAUAUACACCAUUACCUGAUGGUGUUUUGAAGACUAAAAUUGAAGAGCUGGCAAAGCAAGUCAAAUUCCCUCUUUACAAAUUUAUAUUGUAG